GGGCUGCGGCCUUUUCUCCCUCCCAGAGGGCUGCUCGGCCUGUGGCUCUGUGUCAAGCCGCGGACGGCCGUCUCUGUUCCGCAGGAUGGGUUUUGUUAAAGUCGUCAAGAAUAAGGCGUACUUCAAGAGGUACCAAGUGAAAUUUCGAAGACGGCGAGAGGGAAAAACUGAUUACUAUGCUCGGAAGCGCUUGGUAAUCCAGGAUAAAAAUAAAUACAAUACACCAAAAUACAGGAUGAUCGUCCGUGUUACCAACAGAGACAUCAUUUGCCAGAUUGCUUAUGCUCGUAUAGAAGGAGAUAUGAUAGUUUGUGCAGCGUAUGCUCAUGAACUUCCAAAGUAUGGUGUGAAGGUUGGCUUGACAAAUUACGCUGCAGCGUAUUGUACUGGCCUGCUGCUGGCCCGCAGGCUUCUCAAUAGAUUUGGCAUGGACAAAAUUUAUAAAGGCCAAGUGGAGGUCACUGGAGACGAAUAUAACGUGGAAAGCAUUGAUGGACAGCCUGGUGCCUUCACCUGCUACUUGGAUGCAGGACUUGCCAGAACUACUACUGGAAACAAAGUCUUUGGGGCCCUGAAAGGAGCUGCGGAUGGAGGCUUGUCUAUUCCUCACAGUACCAAACGAUUCCCUGGCUAUGACUCGGAAAGUAAGGAAUUCAACGCUGAAGUACAUCGGAAACACAUUAUGGGGCAGAACGUUGCAGAGUAUAUGCGUUACCUAAUGGAAGAAGAUGAAGAUGCCUACAAGAAACAGUUUUCUCAAUACAUAAAGAACAACAUAACUCCAGAUAUGAUGGAGAAUAUGUAUAAGAAAGCUCAUGUGGCUAUACGGGCCAAUCCUGUUUAUGAGAAGAAACCUAAGAAGGAAGUUAAAAAGAAGAGGUGGAACCGUCCCAAAAUGUCUCUUGCCCAGAAGAAAGAUCGGGUAGCCCAGAAGAAAGCAAGUUUCCUCAGAGCUCAGGAGCGGGCUGCUGAGAGCUAAAAUCAGCCAUGAUUUUUUAAUGGAGAUUUUGCAAAGACAGUAAUAAAUCUAUCGACCAAGCAGUGA